AUGGUCCGGGAGCUGCUGCGUGCUGAGGGGGCAGAGCCUGGUCCAAGUGUGGACCUCAGCUCAUUGGCUAAGGUCACUGACGGAUUCACUCCGGGUCACAUCCUGUUGGGGGUACGCUCAGUGCUCUGCCCCCACGGGCUGAAGAAGCUCCGCCUCCAACCGCUGGCUCCCACCGAGUUCAUCCAAUCACUGUCGAGGAUGGAGCUGGUGUACCGGGAGGAGGAGGAGGAAGCCUUCAAGUGCAGGGGACCGACUGACAACCUGACAGUUGUCUCCACAGUCUCAGUGUUAGAAAGACAGACGGGGAAUUUAUUCUGAGCUGAGGAAGAAAACGCGAUGUGGAACAUCUGGACGUCAGAGUUGAGUCUUCCUCAACUCGGGCUUAACAAAUUUCGAGUUUUCACUAAACCCACUUUGUGACACAGGACCCAGGUGACUUUCAGGUAAUGUUUGUUUGAAAUCUACAGCUUGUUGUUGCUGUCGUGUUAUUUCUCUGUUGAGUUGUUUCCUCUUCAGUGGAAACACUCAGAAACAGAGUCAGAUGAAAACCAAUAGAGCCAGUAAAGGAAACAAAGUGUGAGCAGAGUUUUCCUGCAGCUUCUCCUCUUCCUGUUCGGGGUCAAAGGUCAUAGUCAGAUGCUGAGUCAGCAGGAAAUACUGAUGUUCAGAACAUCUGCAGCAGAAAACACUUUGUUGUCAGCAGUUUGGAUCAGAGCGAGACCUCCCUUCAGCUGACCCACAGUCAGAAAUGACUUUUAACUAAA